AUGCCGGUGAAAAAGGAGAGCGCCACGCAGACUUACAAGAGGAGAUCUAAGUGCGGCAAGAGCUUCACCCGCUACAGCCACCUGCUGCGGCACAACCGCGUGCACUCCGGCGAGAGGCCCUUCACCUGCUCCGACUGCGACAAGAGCUUCAAGACGACGAAUGGUCCUGAAGAGACACCGGCAGCCUUCAAGUCGUCGCAGGAACUGAAGGUGCACAUGCGCCUGCACACCGGUGAGCGGCCCUUCACCUGCUCCGACUGCGGCAAAUGCUACAAGUCAUCCAAGGAACUGAAGGUGCACAUGCGCCAGCACAUGGGAGAGCGGCCCUACAUCUGCAGCGACUGCGGCAAAGGCUUCAAGUCGUCGCCCGAACUGAAGAUGCACAUGCGCCUGCACACUGGGGAGAGGCCCUUCACCUGCAGUGACUGCGGCAAGGGCUUCAUCCGCUCCGAUAGCCUGGCUUCACCCGCUCCCCACGGCCUGCUGGUUCACCAGCGCACCCACACCGGCGAGCGCCCCUACACCUGCACCCAGUGCGGCAAGGGCUUCACCUGCUCCAACAGCCUGCUGCAGCACCAGCACAUCCACACCGGCGAGCGCCCCUACACCUGCGCCCAGUGUGGCAAGGGCUUCACCAGCUCCUGCAACCUGCUGCAGCACCAGCGCACCCACACCGGCGAGCGCCCCUACACCUGUACCCAGUGCGGCAAGGGCUUCACCAAGUCUGGCAGCCUGCUGGUGCACCAGCGCACCCACACCGGCGAGCGUCCCUUCACCUGCACCCAGUGUGGCAAGGGCUUCACCCAGUCCAACAACCUGCUGAAGCACCAGCGUACCCACACUGGCGAGCGCCCCUACACCUGCACCCAGUGUGGCAAGGGCUUCACCCGCUCUGGCAGCCUGCUGGUGCACCAGCGCACCCACACCGGCGAGCGCCCCUACACCUGCACCCAGUGCGGCAAGGGUUUCACCAGCUCCACCAAGCUGCUGGAGCACCAGUCGAUGCACUCCGGUGAGAGGCCCUUCAGCUGUUCCGACUGUGGCAAAGGCUUCAAGACAACGCAAGAGCUAAAGAUCCACCAGCGGGUGCACACGGGCGAGAAGCCCUAUGGCUGCUCCACCUGCGGCAAGAGCUUUGCCCGGUUGUCGGGGCUGUGGGUACACCGGCGGGUGCACAGCAGUGAGCGGCCCUUCACCUGCCCCGACUGCGGCAAAAGCUUCAAGUCGUCCGCGGAGCUGAAGGUGCACGGGCGGGUGCACACGGGAGAACGCCCCUACACCUGCAGCGACUGCGUCAAGGGCUUCACCCGUCUCAGCAGCCUGCUGGCUCACCGGCGCACCCACACCAGCGAGCGCCCCUUCACCUGCAGCGACUGCGGCAAGAGCUUCACCCAGUCCAGCAACCUGCUGGUGCACCAGCACACCCACACCGGUGAGCGCCCCUACACCUGCGCUAAGUGUGGCAAGGGCUUCACCCGCCCCAACAGCCUGUUGUCCCACCAGCGGGUGCACGCUGGAGACGGUCCCAUCCCCAGCCCGGUGUGUGCAGAGCGCUUUGCCAUGGCCUCGCACACCCUGUCUCAUUAGCGUGUGCACACCAGUGGCCAGCCCUACGGCUGCCCGUACUGUGGUGAGGCAUUUGACAGCUCGCGGGGGUUACGGCUGCACUGGCGGGCCCACACCAGCGAGCGGUUGCUCCCAAUGUGGCACGCGUUUCAAGAACACACGGGGGCUGUGGGAGCACCAGCGGACACACACCAGACAGAGACCCUUUGUGUGCGCUGAGUGUUGCACGAGUUUCACCCGCAUGCCCUGCCUGUAUCAGCACCGGCAUCCCCACAGUGGUGAGCGCCCCUUCCCCUGCCUGACCUGUGGUAAGGGCUUCACCCGCCUUGACAGGGCUCGAAAUUAACAGAUGUCCGGGUGCCAAUGGCCACCUAAAGUUCCGCCGGGCAACCUAAAAGCCUAGUAAUUUUGCCCGGCUUGGCACUGCAGAUACUGGUUUAUACCAGAGAUAGAUACAAAAAACUGGAGUAACUCAGUGGGUCAGGCAGCAUCUCUGGAGAAAAGGAAUGUGACGUUUCGUGUCGGCGGCGACGGCUGUCGUGUGGGGCAAAGAUACUAAGUGCGGAGUGACUGAGGGUCGGAGCGAAUGACGGGCCCUGCACGGCAGCAACGGCGGCUCCACUUCCUCCUCACGCACCCCGCCCACCCUGAUAGCGGCCGCUGCUUGCCACUCCACCAACAGCAAUAACCGCUUUCAAAACCCCAUCCCGCACACCGAGGCUGGGAGGAUGGGGGGCACGAAGGGGUGGCCCCUCUCCGCCGUCUGAAGCACCUGCACCGCUCGGCCCCGCACCUUCCUGUUGGCUGGCGGAGGAAGGGAGGCGGUGGCGAGGAGUUCUCAACUGCCUCCCCCUUUGGCGGCGGCACUUGGUGGUGGACAGGGACGGCCAAGGCAGCGGGGCAAUGAUGCCUGUGUUGUCCGAGGAGCGCUGACCUUCAUUCCUCCCCAUUCCCCGCCCCCCCCCCCCUUUCUCUCUGUUGUAUGCCCCCCUCCAACCUCCUUAGAGAGAAAAACAUUUUUCACACAGUGGUUAAUCUCUGGAAUUCUCUGCCACAGAAGGUAGUUGAGGCCAGUUCAUUGGCUAUAUUUAAGAGGGAGUUAGAUGUGGCCCUUGUGUCUAAAGGGAUCAGGGGGUAUGGAGAGAAGGCAGGUACGGGAUACUGAGUUGGAUGAUCAGCCAUGAUCAUAUUGAAUGGCGGUGCAGGCUCGAAGAGCCGAAUGGCCUCUACUCCUGCACCUAAUUUCUAUGUUUCUAUCGUGGGACCUCUCUCCAUCCCACACUGAUCCCCAUUCCCGCCUCUAUUCAGUCCUCACUGACAUUCCCUGUGCUCCCCCCCCAUCUAUUCAUCCUGCACUGAUCUCGCUAUCCACCUCACAUUGAUUCUCCUGCCACUCCCCAUCCAUCCCGUACUGACCCCCCCCCCCCCCCCC